UCCUGUCAAGACUCCUUCUUAUUAAUACGUAUGUGCUUAAACGGUGAUAUUCAAUUGUUGUUCCGCGGCUUAUGGGCUGUGAUAAGGAUGAGUUAGCUCCUGGAAAAGUGCAGUACUCGGCAAUGGCGACGGCGCACAGGCCAGUGUGACCUCUUUAGUGCCACCGCACGCAACACAGGCCUUCUCCUGCGAGUGAAGGGUGCGCCUAGGAUGGGGGGUCGCGGGACAAAAGGUGGUCAGACCCUGGCCCACGAGGUUCUGAUGCGAUCCUCGUACGAUUCAUUUCUGGAACUUUCCUUCUUUGACGUCUUAUCCUGCGGAAUUAGCAUAGCCUGGCGGCUCUCGACUGUGUCAAGAUGACAGGCGUCGCCGCCGCAACCCUGAAUGCAAUUCGGCCAAAGUCACCGGCCUUUUCUACACUUGUCGAUCUCCCGCGGCAACCAAAACGACCCGACAGUGUCUGCGAUGCCAGUAGCGCCGAGUUUGAUAUAUUCCGGCUUACGCCUGUGCCUACGCUCAUACUGAAUGCCACGCGCACAAUCGUUCAGGUAUCCGACAGCCUUGUUGUGACAGCGCCAGGAAUCACUCGCGAAGAUCUCGUAGGAUGGCAUGCAGAUGACGUUUUCGACCGGGCAGAGCGAACUUUGGACUGUCCAGUGCUCGCCUCGGCCCGCGAAGCAUUCCCAACCGCUACGACAGCUGGAUUACCAACUCGACUGGACCACACAACCGAUGCGCAACAAACCUGGAGGACUCGUGUGGUGCCAAUCUACCGCAAUGACAGUCUUCAUUGCACACAGCUCGAGUUCCACGAUGUCACCGAGGAGUACAGGAAGAAACUAGAGUAUGAGGAACGUUUGUACUCCGCCGAGACUUUUCGCAUCCUCGUAGAGACUGUUAAAGACUAUGCCAUAUUCAUGCUCGACCCAAAUGGAAACGUUGCGACAUGGAAUGCUGGUGCUCAAGCUUUUAAAGGAUACACAAAAUCAGAAAUUGUCGGUCAACAUUUCUCCAAGUUCUACAGCGAAGAAGAUCUUGCCUCUGAUAAGCCAGGGAGAGGACUUCGAGUUGCUCUUCGCACUGGUCGUUGCGAGGAUGAAGGGUGGCGUUACCGAAAAGAUGGUUCGCGAUUCUGGGCAAAUGUUAUCAUCUCUCCUAUCUUCAGAGAUGGUGCCCUCCUUGGUUUCUCAAAAGUCACUCGCGAUUUGACAGAUCGAAGAAACGCAGAGCAACAACUCAUCAGCGCUUACGAGGAGGCAUCAAGAUUGAAGUCUGAAUUUCUCGCCAACAUGUCCCAUGAAAUACGGACCCCUAUGCAUGGCUUGCUCUCAGCUCUAACACUACUCCUUGAUACAAAGCUAGACCCUGAUCAACUGGACCUUGCUCACGUCAUCAAAGAGUCUGGAGAAGUGCUUCUCCAAGUGAUCAACGAUAUCCUUGACUACAGCAAACUGGCGAAUGGCAGUUUCUCAAUAAGCCAUGACAUCAUCAACAUCGCCGAUAUCGUACAUUCGGUACACCGAGCGCAGCAGAAGUUGUUCGACCAACGGAUCAGAUUUGAAAGUCGUCUCGAUCCUCGGAUACCCACAGCCGGAGAAGGGGACAGCCUUCGAUAUCGUCAGAUAAUACAGAACCUAGUUUCCAACGCUGCGAAGUUCACCGAAGAGGGCUGCGUGUGUAUUAACGCUAGUCUCGAGAGCGAGGAUGAAGAGAAUUCCGUUAUCCGGACCGAAGUUGUAGAUACUGGAAUUGGAGUGCCGGAAGCCUCUGUAGACGCCCUCUUUACACCGUUCACCCAAUUCGAUAACUCUGCCACCAAGAGAUACAAAGGCACAGGUCUAGGGCUCAGUAUCUGCAAAAGCCUUGCUGAGCUCAUGGGUGGUGAGAUCGGUUUUCACCCUAAUUCUGGGGGUGAUGGUAGCGUUUUCUGGUUUACCAUCAAACUCAAGAAGGUCAAACAGUUUCACAUCAUUGAGACUCCGGGGAUCGAACUGGACGCCCUGCAGAUUCCUUUGCCAACCGUGGUCGAUCAGAUGGAAGAAAUGAAAGAUGUCGCUGUCAAAAAGCGCCUGUUACUUGCUGAAGACAAUUUCAUCAAUCGAAAGGUUAUGCUUCGGAUACUGGCUGGUCUUGGCUUUCCAGUCAUUGAUGUCGCUGUUAACGGGAAAGAAGCUGUCGCGAAGACGAUACAUGCAGCAGAUGAUAGGCACACGUCAGUACCUUACGAUCUCAUCCUCAUGGAUAUCAACAUGCCAGUGCAAGAUGGUGUCUCAGCCACACAGGAGUUGAGGAAUAAAGGCUUUCAAAUACCGAUUGUCGCAAUGACUGCAAACGCACUAAAGGGUCAAGCUGACGCAUAUAUUGCCAAAGGAAUGACUGGUUAUGUCGCGAAACCUGUGGACCGAAAGCUUCUGGUCAAGAUUCUUUUAAAAUGCUUCAAAGAGUCGUCCACCGAGUAAAGCUGGCCGCUUCUUAUAUUCCAGCUCACAGCCAC